GAAAAGGCGCGGCCGCGCGUCCCCGCCAUUCCCCGGAGCAGCCCGCAGCGCUCGGAGCCCCAGCAUGGAGGAGAGCAGCGGCAUCCGCCUCUCGGCCGAGUGCCUGGACGAGCCGCCCAACAGCCGCGUCUUCGUGGUGCUGGGCAAGGACACCGGCGAGGCGCUGAUCCGGGAGCGCUUCUCGCCCUUCGGGGACAUCCAGAACAUCUGGCUGCUGCGGGACAGGCGGACCAACGAGUCCCGCGGCAUCGCCUUCAUCAAGUUCGCCCGCAGCUCGCAGGCGUGCCGGGCCAUGGAGGAGAUGCACGGCCGCAGCCUGCUCCCCGACAGCAAGCCCAUCAAGGUAUUUAUUGCACAAUCAAGAGCUUCUGGAAGCCACCGAGAUCUUGAAGAUGAGGAGCUUACACGAAUCUUUGUUAUGAUACCAAAAACGUACACGGAGGAGGAUCUGCGGGAGAAGUUUAAGAUGUAUGGAGACAUUGAAUACUGCAGCAUUAUUAAAAACAAGACUACUGGAGAAAGUAAAGGUUUGGGCUAUGUCAGGUACCUGAAACCAUCGCAAGCUGCCCUAGCAAUUGAAGAGUGUGAUCGAAGCUACAGGGCCAUUUUGGCUGAACCUAAAAAUAAGUCAUCUGAGACUUUUGAACACGAUUAUUACAGUAAUGCCAUGAGGCCAGAACUAAGAGGAAAUACACUUCCAUUUUGUAUGCAGCCAGAAUUUUGUAGCUUUGAAAAAGUUGAGACCCGAAUUCAAGAACCAGUCUCCAAGCGCCUGUCGGUGAUAUCUCGGCUCCCCUUUAUUCAAGAGCAGCUGUUCGCCCUCUUCGAUUUAGUUCCAGGUCUGGAGUAUUGUGAUGUUCAGAGAGACCCCCAUACCAAUAGUGGGUAUGCUGUGAUUCAGUACAGCACUGCUGCCUCAGCAAUAUAUGCCAAGUACAAACUACAUGGGUUUGAGUAUCCUCCUGGAAAUCGACUAACUGUCGUUUUCCUAGAAGAUGGGAAUGAUAGCUCAGACCUUAUCAGGAAAAUGGCAACACAGCUGGUGACAGCGCAGGUGUCGUCAGCGCUGCGCAGUAACAGCGCGAUGGUUCAGCAGUACAGGACACCUCCUCAAGCAUUUGGAGGAACUUCUGGCCCACAGUUGCUGCAGCCCCAAACAGAUGCCAUACUUCCACCACCCAAAAAAAAGGUUCCACCUGACACUGCUGUGAAGGAAAGGCUUUUCAUACUUUUCCAUCCCCAUCCUUUACCAGUAAAUGUACUGGAGGAUGUGUUCUGUCGUUUUGGACAAUUGAUAAGUGUUUAUCUUGUGACUGGAAAAAAUGUGGGCUAUGCAAAAUUUGCAGACAGAGCAAGUGCCAGCGAGGCCAUAACUGCAUUGCAUGGCAAGAUUGUGAACGGUGUGAGGCUGAAAGUGAGGCUGGCAGACUCGCCCUCGGAGGAGCCCAACAAGCGCCAGAGAACUUACUGAGCAGGUGAGUGCCCCCCUGCCUGAGCUCUUACCCCCUGCACUCCAGACACCUGAAAUAGUGACAGGCAAAGAUUUUGACGUUAGAUAACACAAACAUAUAACGAAACUCUAAAUCUAUUCUUAGCUAGCAAAUUGAAAUAGGAUUUUUGAUACAUCUGUGUGUGUAUACACAUAUUAUAUGGGUGUGUGUAUGCUUAUAUAUAUAUACACGCACACGCACUUUAUUUUAUAAAAAGUCAAUUUUUAUAAUUAGUGAAAAAAACCAAAUCAGUUGAUAAAAUUCAAUCUGGACGUUCAUAGAAAUACCACUUUUGUACUUGGGAGAAUCAGUUGACAUUGAAAAGAGUAUGCAAAAAUAAACAAUGAAACAGACAUAA